CAAAAAACAAAAAACUGGAGUUGUCUGUCUUUUCUCAUUGUUUUAAAAGCACUCUUUAUAUAUUCUGGAUCUGCAUUCUGUACCAGAGAUGUGUACUGCAAACAUCCUUUCUCCGCCUGGCUUUGUUUUCACUCUUGGUGGUUGCAGACAUCUUGGGGGCCACUUGAAGGAACUCUAAGCCGACCAGAAGCUGGGGUGGACUCACCGUUUGGCACCCAGCCGGAGACCCCAGGGCCACCCUCCCCGGUUCCAUCCUGGGAGAGAAGAAACUUCCACUGUCCCAGUCUCUUCUGUGGUGACUUCUUUUGUACAAGGGUUCACGGGCAGGAGUCUGGUCUGCACAAGAGAGGCUUAGCCUGGCUGUGGCCGCACCUGAUGUCUGUGCACACCUGGCCCUGGUGCAGGCCCUUCUCCUACAGACCCCGGGACCUUGCCUUGUGACGCUCACGGUGCCUGCUCCUUCUCAGAGCUCUCAUUUCUCCCUUUAAUGCACACCCCGUCAGCGCCUCGUCCAGCCGGUGUCCUCCAUACAUUCGAGGUCAGGGGCCUCAAGUCCUGGCACAGCCCCUCCACUCCAGUCCUCCCAGAAACAAAGACAAGAGCGUCAGGAUGUGCAUCGCCUGGGGUCUCACAGAGUGGUGCCCCCUUUUAGUGCCUUCUAGGCCCCUUUAGUGACAGGACUACAGAAAAUACCUCUCAGGUCAUGGGUCACCCCGAUUUGAUGAAGGGUCCAUUGAAUUGUCUCUGCUGCACUUUGCAAGCACCUUCUCUUCUGCACGUUUGGAACCUGCCAGGGCCUGUCUUGUCUUUCUCGUUGCCUCCUCGCGGGCUGAUCCUACUGUCCGGUCCUCGGACCCCCUGCCCAGGGUCAGAGGGACGCCUACCUAGCUCAGGGUCUUGGGCCGGAGGGACUGGAGGAGGGACCAGGGUCGACCGCUCAGCUGUCCGCCCGGGGUGGAGGGUCGGUGGGAGGUGCUGGCCCACUGUCGGAGGCGGCCACGGGAGGACCAACUGUGCAAUGGGUGGGGCCGCGGUUGACUGUGGUGGUCGCGGGGGCUGAGGACCAGAGGCUGCUGGGCAGCGGGGGUACGAGCCAGGCGUCGGCGGUUGGGUCGGGCGCGGAGUCGCAGGCAGGAGGGUGCGCGCGAGGCGGAGGCGAGUCCGCCGGGAAGGCGGGCAGAGCCUAAGCUCCGGUCUUCCCGCGUCUGGCGGAACGGGCCUGGGAGGGACGUUUUCCCAGACACCAGGUGGACUAGGCGGACGGCCCGAGGGCCGGGACGCACGCCGGGGCCGGCAGGAUGGCGCUGGCGUCGAUGCCCGCGCGCUUCAGGGCCUGGUCUGGCUGCCCCCCCAUCCUUGUUGGUUUCUCGGGGUGCGGACCCCGCGCCGCACCGGCGAUGCUGGGCCUGCCCGUGGCCACCACCUCGCUUCAUUCCCGUCUCUUUGGGCCGCCGCAUUCGUCCGCCUGCCCGCCUCUCCCUGCGCAAACUUCCAAGAUGAGCAAAUACUGGGCGCACGGUGGAGCGCCGCGGGGGCCCCCCUGAGCCGGGGCGGGGCGGGGCGGGACCAGAGUCUGGCCGGGGCGUGCCCGAGGGGAGGGACUCCCCGGCUUGCGGCCCGGUGCUGUCCGCGGUGCUCAGCGCCCGCCGGGGCGCCUGGGGCCGGCGCGCCAUGGGGAACCGCAGCACCGCGGACCCGGACGGGCUGCUGGUCGGACGCGGGCCGGGCGCGGGGGCGGCUGCGGGGCUGGCAGGGCCGGGCGCGGCGGCGCUGGUUGGGGGCGUGCUGCUCAUCGGCGCGGUGCUCGCGGGGAACUCGCUCGUGUGCGUGAGCGUGGCCACCGAGCGCGCCCUGCAGACGCCCACCAACUCCUUCAUCGUGAGCCUGGCGGCCGCCGACCUCCUGCUCGCUCUCCUGGUGCUGCCGCUCUUCGUCUACUCCGAGGUCCAGGGUGGCGCGUGGCUGCUGAGCCCCCGCCUGUGCGACGCCCUCAUGGCCAUGGACGUCAUGCUGUGCACCGCCUCUAUCUUCAACCUGUGCGCCAUCAGCGUGGACAGGUUCGUGGCCGUGGCCGUGCCGCUGCGCUACAACCGCCAGGGCGGGAGCCGCCGGCAGCUGCUGCUCAUCGGCGCCACGUGGCUGCUGUCCGCAGCGGUGGCGGCGCCCGUGCUGUGCGGCCUCAACGACGUGCGCGGCCGUGACCCCGCCGUGUGCCGCCUAGAGGACCGCGACUACGUGGUCUACUCGUCCGUGUGCUCCUUCUUCCUACCCUGUCCGCUCAUGCUGCUGCUCUACUGGGCCACGUUCCGCGGCCUGCGGCGCUGGGAGGUGGCCCGUCGCGCCAAGCUGCACGGCCGCGCGCCCCGCCGACCCAGCGGCCCCGGCCCUCCUUCCCUUGCGCCCCGCCCCCCCCGGGGCCCCCGCGGCCCCGACCGCGCGCCCCCCGCGCCCCGCCUCCCCCAGGGCCCCUGCGGCCCCGACUGCGCGUCCCCAGCGCCCCGCCUCUCCCAGGACCCCUGCGGCCCCAACUGUGAGCCCCCAGCGCCCGGCCUCCCUCCGGACCCCUGCGGCCCCGACUGUGCGCCCGCAGCGCCCGGCCUUCCCCAGGGUCUCCGUGGCCCCGACUGUGCGGCCCCCGUGCCCGGCCUCCCUCCGGACCCCUGCGGCCCCGACUGUGCGCCCCCAGACGCCGUCCGAGCCUCCACGCUCCCACCCCAGACCCCACCGCAGACCCGCAGGAGGCGGCGUGCCAAGAUCACUGGCCGGGAGCGCAAGGCCAUGAGGGUCCUGCCAGUGGUAGUCGGGGCCUUCCUGCUGUGCUGGACGCCCUUCUUCGUGGUGCACAUCACACAGGCGCUGUGUCCUGCCUGCUCCGUGCCCCCGCGGCUGGUUAGCGCGGUCACCUGGCUGGGCUAUGUCAACAGCGCCCUCAAUCCCGUCAUCUACACUGUCUUCAACGCCGAGUUCCGCAGUGUCUUCCGCAAGGCCCUGCGUGCCUGCUGCUGAGCCGGCCCCCACCCCCACCCCCCGCGGCCUGGGCACCGGCCUGGUGGGCCAGGCCUCAGGGACCAAGGAUAUGGGGAGGGCGGUUUUGUACGUUAAUUAAACAAAUUCCUUCCCA